GCGGGCUGCGGCGCCGGCGGAGGCGGGCGGGCGGCGCACCGGGCAGCGCACCGGGAGGGCCGUGCCGGCGUUCCUGCCGGCGAGGAGGCGGCCGCAUGACGGAGAGGCGGCAGCGGGCCCGUGUGCAGGGCGGCUGGGCCGGCGGCCCGGCGGGGCGGCUCGCAGGCAAGGCCCGGCUCGCAGCACCGGAGGCACCUGUGGCCAGCAGCCCUGCCCCUGCAGGCGCCGGACCAGCAUGGAGGAGGAAAGAUCAUUCUCACACUCAAAAGCAAUUUGUCUUUGAAAAGCCGUCAGAGUUGGAGCGCAAAGUUCCUGCGGCAGGUGUGAUAGACAAGCCUGGUGUGUAUGAGCUCAGCAAAGAACCAAGUGGCAUUUCUAGGAUUCAUUUGAUUCCUGGCUUUAUUGACUCAGAACAAGCAGACUGGAUGUUUCAACAGCUCCUCCAAGACAUACCCUGGGGUCAGAGAACUCACAUCAGGCAGGAAGUAUCUUUUGAGGAACCAAGGCUUACCUCCUGGUAUGGGGAACUUCCUUACACAUACUCCAGGAUAACAAUGCAGCCAAACCCAAAUUGGCAUCCUCUGCUGACCAUGCUAAAGCAGCGCAUUGAAGAGUUCACUGGCCAUACCUUCAACUCUCUUCUCUGCAACCUCUACCGAAACGAGAAGGACAGUGUAGACUGGCACAGUGAUGAUGAACCAUCACUGGGAAAAAAUCCCGUCAUUGCCUCCCUCAGCUUUGGUGCUACCCGGACUUUUGAGAUGAGGAAGAAACCCUCCCCUGAAGAAAAUGGGGACUAUACUUACGUAGAAAGACUAAAGAUCCCACUUGAUCAUGGGACUCUGCUGAUGAUGGAAGGAGCUACUCAGGAGGAUUGGCAGCAUCGAGUGCCUAAAGAAUAUCAUUCUAGAGAUGCACGGAUAAACUUGACCUUUAGGAUCAUUUAUCCAGAGCCUGAUGGAGUUUGGAAGUGAGGAGGCACUUUGGGCAUCGUUGGAUAUAAAUCCACAGCAGAUCCAGAACUUUGGAUUGCUACAGAUGUAAAGAAAGACUUACAGGAAGAGUUCUGUGAAAUAUCUGAUGAGGAAAAGAAUAUCAUGAAGAUCUUUGAUAAUCAGAAGCUGCCUGUGUUAUGUGGACAGUGCUGGUUUGUUUUCAGCAAUGGUAUGAUACUAAAUCACAGACUUAAAGUUUAUGAAAUGAAACAAUGAUCAUUCCUAAAAGAACGCAAAACACAUGAAAGAUCUGAGAGACACCGACUGGAGCAGAAAGAUGCAGUGAGCAGUUAUUUUUGCACCUUCUCUUGUCUCAUUUUCCCCCUCGGUAGUGAUCUAUGGUCUAAGUAACGACAAGGCAGGAAUCUCUGAUAUAAAGCCAACUGUAUUUGUGCUGUGUGUACAGAAAUGACAAAGCUGCACUUAAUGCUGACCUCUGAGUGUUCCUCACUUCACCAUGAGGCAGUGAAUUACUUUUUAUCUUCAGGUUGCAAAGUCUGUUCCAAUGAAGCAGUCAGUUUCAUUAUUUAUAUAAAUAUUUGAAUUAUGCCAAUGUCUAGUAGAAGGGAGGGUCAGGGCUCCCUUCUGCUAUGCACUCUGUGGUCAGACUCUAUCCUGUUUGUUCGUGCAGUCAAGACAGAGGGAAACAACAAAGACACCUUAACCGUGAGCCUUAUCAGCCAGCUUGAAGCUGCCCAUUGCUGGAGUAUUAACAGUUCGCCAUCCCUGCUGGCUUAAAACUGGUUACCGUUGUGUCAUAGGCAGGAAAAUAGACACAAAGACAUGAAGAACAUUACUUUCAGAAUUUGCUAACAAAUUCUUAGUUUCUUUUUUUUGUGUUUCUUUUUAGUACAACUAAGUUGUGGCUUCCAGUGGUUUCAGGUUGGACAGGAAAUGUCAGCAUCUCUAAAAAUUAGGCUUGUGCUGCCAAAUUUGAUUCCCAGAAUAACUGGUCCAAAGAUUUGGACUCAAAUUAUUAUAACCACAGUGUCAGUCAGUUGCAAAGCUACACCAAGUAGAGUGUGGUAGCACCAGCUGUAGUGCUCAGUCUGGUCCUAUUGCUCCUCGGUGAAUGCAUGUUGCAUUAAAGAAUAUUACUUGGAGGGUUAUCUCUUGAACCUCUGCUGUUACAGAGAAGCAGUCAGCAGCUCAGACCUGAUUCUAGGUUGACUUGAUGGGAUUCUUCAAACUUGCCUGCCCUAGGGACGUCUCACCUGUUGGUAGGAACCAGUGAGCUGGUAACUGCUGUCUGGAUGGUAAGUCAGGUGCUGCCUGCGUGGUUAAGUUCUCGCUGCAGCUAAAUGACAUCCACAGUACUGGAUCAACACACGGGUUUGGUAAUCUGUCUUCACUUUCUGCCUGAAGUACGAUCCAAGCCUGGGUAAAUACUCUGUGACUAGGAACAGGUUCACAAGCGACAACCUAGUGUCCCGCCUCAGUGCUAAUAUAACUUGUUGUUUAGAAAAUAUCUGUCUUUUCAUAGCCAGCAUUUGCUGUAGUUUAAAAUUCUUAUUUAAUGAGCGCAGUCAAGUUAUUAAUACUGAAUUAUGCCUAUGUUUUAAUGUUAUUGAUGACCUGAAGGACACACUGUCAGGUCAUUUCAAUCUCUGUGCUCUGAAAUUGGGCAAAAUAAUUUUCUUUGUAUAUCAAACAACUCUAAAAGCAGCUUCUCUGAUUGAAGCACCAUACAGCUUUUGAAAUAGGUUAUUCUUCUAAAAUGAAUGAAUGUUAUUAGAAAACUUACUUUGUUAUCUAAUAAUGUCUUUACUUUCAUCUCAGUUUGUAUAGAAAUGUGUUUUGUGAGUAUUUUAAGUGUUAAUUCUUUGCAUGCGAAUCUGAGAUCCAGGCUCUGUGAUGUGUCUCCUGAGAAUGAGUGUUGAAGGAGGCAGACACUUUCACGUUUACUUUCCUUGGGUAACUGGAGCUGCGUGCACAUCCCUGUGUGUGUGUGCAGAGCUUUGGCUGCGCUGACAGAGCAUGGUUGUCCUUAACCAAGGGGCAAUGCUAAUUUCUUCAGGUGUUCUGACGAGACUUUAUCUGUUGGUACAAGCUACAUUUAUUUACACUGUGUUAAGAGCAGUCAUGCCUCAAGAGACAGUAGAAGAUGGGGACUAGACAGAAACUUUUAACCUCCUCAAACCUCAGCCUGUGGAAAUUGCAGCUCAUUUGGAUUCAGUGAAGCUGUGGCACAUAACUGAUGGUGGGGCUCUGCCGGCUGAUACUGCUGCAGAAGAACAGUUUUUCUCUUCCUUUCUCAGUUUCAAUUUAUAAUGUUAACAAAUUGGUUUUUUAGUUUCUUUGCUUCCUUUGAUUGGGCGAAGACCAAGGUUUCAAUUCCAGGAAUAAAAUUAUUUGUAAGAGAAA